UGGCAUACAAGAUGAGGUACUACACAGUUGAGACUGGCAGUACUUUGGAAUCUCGUAUUCAGUUUAUGAGACGACUCAACAACACCACAAUAUGUUUUACGGAAGUCAAGUCUCCGAUGGAGAGUGAUGUCAUCAUGGCUUUCUGUCCCAUCGUCUCCCGCGCUGGGACUGAUAUUGAAGCAGCACUGGAACAGAUUCCAAGUACAGUAACUCAUCCCAAAUAUGACUUCCCAAGCAAUGUUAUUUCCUUCUAUACAAGAUAUUCUCAUUCCACACCAGAUUUACUCAAAAUGUACCAACGACAUGAAUUACAUUACUAAAUUGUUUAUUUUAGAUGCUUAUUGGUUUAUUUUGACGUAUUCCCUCAUUCUCUUGACAGCUGGUAAAGAUGUCAUUCUGGUGGUGCUGCAUCACACCUUCAACCCAGACUUCACUGUACCUGACAGCAGCAGACUAGUGACCAGAAGUGAUGUAAUAAUGACAGUGGACUGUCUGUUCCAUGAGAGCCAGGGAGGACUACUGGACUGUUCUCGCAAUGAUGCAGCAGUCAAAACGAUUAAGCAGAAGCUAGACAUAGCUCUU